UAAAUGAUUAAUUCAUUGAUCACAACCUAAGCUUUUUAAAAAAUGCAAUAAGACUCCGUUUUGAAUAGAGAAUGCUUUGAAUGUGGUUCUCCUAAUCCUACUUGGGUUAGUUUACCAAACUCUGUAUUUCUUUGUUUACCUUGUUCUGGAAUACAUCGUAGUCUUGGUGUACAUGUGUCCUUUGUUAGAUCUACAAAUUUAGAUAGUUGGUCAGAUAAACAAUUAAAAAUGAUAAUGAUGGGUGGAAAUGAUAAACUAAAAGAAUACUUUACAUCUAUUGGUGUUUAUGCUGAUCCAUCUAAACAACAUGACAUUUCAUGGAAAUAUAGAACUAAAGGAGCAUCCUAUUAUAGAGAAUGUGUAAUUCUGAUAUUAUUUAACUUUUAGAUUAAAGCUAAGACUGAAGAAAGAGAGGCUCCAUAACCUAUUCCAAUAGAAGAAGCUUUAUAAGAGGAUCCUUAAUUAGCUAAAUCAAAUUCAAAUCCUCUACUUCAAAAAGGAGAAUAAUAAUAAUAAUAACAACAACAAUAACAAUAGUAUUAACCUAUGCAAAUGAAACCAGAAGAAGAUGAUCCUCUUGAUAAGAUGAAGUCUUUUUUUACUGUAGGAUUCUAGAAAACAACUGAAGCUGCUAAAGAAGCAAAGAAAAAAAUAGAAGAUAAAUAUAAUGAUGAAGAAUUUUAAUAGAAAUUAACUCAAUUCAAAACUGAUUUCUCUUAAAAAACUAAUUAAAUAGCUGUAUACUUUCUAUCCUAUUCUAGGAAAAAACUAAAAUAGCUGCUGAAAAAGGAUAUGAAACUGUUAAAGAUGGAACACUUUCAGCUUGGAAAUUUUUAAAAGAUAAGUUUAAUGAUAUUCAAAAAAAGGAUCCAUAACCUGAAUAAUUCGAGAUUGUAGAACAACCCAAGAAUGAAUGAAAUUCAAUAAAUUUGUUUUAAAAAUAAUUAAUAAUAUAAUGGCA